GACUAUCUCCCAGUGGCAGGCCCUUCGAUAAAAUCAGGAACUUGUGCUGGCCCUGCAAUGUCAAGGAAGGGGGCUCACCCAGGGCUCCUGUAGCUCAGGGGCAGGCCCGAGCCCUGUGCCCGCCUCACGUCCGUUCAGCCCCCGACGGGGCACCCCAUCUCGAGGGGCUUGGUAGUGGCCCCCACCGAGGCAGGGGACCUGACCGGCUCGGAACUCGGCUGGAUGUUACAGACGUGCAAAAUGGAAGGGUUUCCCCUCGUCGCCCCUCAGCCUCCGGAUGACCUGGUUCCCUAUGAGUCGGAUCUGUACCAACGCCCAGCACACGAUUACUACCCCUAUAUCAGCAGUGAUGGAGAAGGUCACAGUGACCAUUACUGGGAUUUCCACCCUCACCAUGUGCACAGCGAGUUUGAGAGCUUUGCCGAGAACCAUUUCACUGAGCUGCAGAGUGUACAGCCCCCACAGCUGCAGCAGCUCUACCGCCACAUGGAGCUUGAGCAGAUGCACGUCCUCGACACCCCCAUGGUGCCUCCCCACACAGGCCUCGGACACCAGGUCUACCUGCCCCGGAUGUGCCCCCCAUACCCCUCCCUGUCCCCACCUCAGCCCAGCUCGGAUGAGGAGGAGGGCGAACGACAGAGUCCUCCACUGGAGGUGUCGGAUGGAGAGGCCGAUGGCCUGGAGCCAGGGCCUGGCCUCUUGCACGGAGAGACAGGCAGCAAGAAGAAAAUCCGUCUGUACCAGUUCCUGUUGGACCUGCUCCGCAGCGGCGACAUGAAGGACAGCAUUUGGUGGGUGGACAAGGACAAGGGCACCUUCCAGUUCUCGUCCAAGCACAAGGAGGCGCUAGCGCACCGCUGGGGUAUCCAGAAAGGUAACCGCAAGAAGAUGACCUACCAGAAGAUGGCCCGCGCGCUGCGCAACUAUGGCAAGACGGGCGAGGUGAAGAAGGUCAAGAAGAAGCUCACUUACCAGUUCAGCGGGGAGGUGCUGGGCCGCGGGGGCCUGGCCGAGCGGCGCCCCCUGCCCCACUGAACUCGCUGCCGGGCCGCGAACCCGCCAGGCCUCCGCGCCGGCCAUAGCAUUAACCCCUCGCCCGGCCGGACACAGGGAGGGACGCGCCCAGGCCCCUAGGCUGGACUGUGGCGGGCCAGGUCUCGCCUCCCCGACUCCUCCCCACCAUCAGCCCCUUCCCAGACCCACGCUUCGCCUCCCACCCGGACUGCAGUCCUGCUCCUGAAAGCCACGAGCUCCUGACGGAGAAGGGUCAGCCUUGCUUAGUACAAUCAGUCGUACUUCGGGAGUUCCAAGUCAUCAUCCUAUGUAAAU